GGCAUACAAAAAGGGCCGCUGCAGGCAGUGAAGUGCUGGAUUGCUCCCUAUAAAGUUCACCCUAAAGGCAGUCCCCGAGGCACUUGUCCAAUCAUGUCGAAGUCUAAGGAUUCCUCCAUCAUCCACUCCCAGCAACUGCAUGCUGCCAUGGCCGACACCUUCAUCGAGCACAUGUGCCUGCUGGACAUCGACUCCGAGCCUGCUGUGGCCCGCAACACCGGCAUCAUCUGCACUAUUGGACCUGCCUCACGAUCUUUGGACAUGGCCAAAGAAAUGAUCAAGGCCGGGAUGAACAUUGCAAGAAUGAAUUUCUCACAUGGUACACAUGAAUACCACGCAGAGACCAUCAAGAACGUUCGCGAGGCAACAGAAAGCUUUGUAUCAGGCUCAGUUGCCUACAGGCCAGUGGCCAUCGCCUUGGACACCAAGGGACCGGAGAUUAGGACCGGGCUCAUCAAGGGCAGCGGCACUGCCGAGGUGGAGCUGAAGAAAGGUGAAACCAUCAAGCUGACCCUGGAUGACAGUUGCAUGGAGAAGUGCGAUGAGAAGACUCUGUGGCUCGACUACAAAAACAUCACCAAGGUCGUUCAGAAGGGAAGUCACAUCUACAUUGAUGACGGUCUGAUUUCUCUGAAGGUCAAAGAAAUCGGUAGCGACCACCUGGUGUGCGAGAUUGAGAACGGCGGCAUGUUGGGCAGCAAGAAAGGCGUCAACCUGCCCGGCGCUGCCGUCGACCUGCCCGCCCUGUCUCCGAAGGACCUUCAGGACCUGCAGUUUGGUGUGGAGCAGGGCGUGGACAUGGUGUUUGCCUCCUUCAUCCGUAAGGCUGCGGAUGUCCACGCUGUCAGGAAGGCUCUGGGCGAGAAGGGGAAAGACAUCAAAAUCAUCAGCAAGCUGGAGAACCACGAGGGCGUGCGCAGAUUCGAUGAGAUCCUAGAGGCCAGCGAUGGCAUCAUGGUCGCCCGUGGAGAUCUGGGUAUUGAGAUUCCAACAGAGAAGGUCUUCAUCGCCCAGAAGAUGAUGACUGGCAGGUGCAACAGGAUCGGCAAGCCUAUCGUCUGUGCCACACAGAUGCUGGAGAGCAUGACCAAGAAGCCUCGUCCUACACGCGCAGAGGCCAGCGACGUCGCCAACGCCGUGCUGGACGGCAACGACUGCAUCAUGCUGAGCGGGGAGACGGCCAAGGGAGACUACCCCCUGGAGGCCGUGCGCACACAGCAUCAGAUCGCCCGUGAAGCCGAGGCCGCCAUGUUCCACAGGCAGACCUUUGAGGAGCUGCGCCGCAUCUCGCACCUGACCCGCGACCCCACGGAGUCCGUCGCCAUCGGUGCAGUGGAGGCGUCCUUCAAGUGCUGUGCCAGCGCGCUGAUUGUGCUGACCAGGAGUGGCAGGUCUGCUCACAUGCUGUCCAGGUACAGACCACGUGCACCCAUCAUUGCCGUCACCCGCUGUGGUCAGACGGCCCGCCAGGCUCACCUGUACCGCGGUAUCUACCCUGUGCUCUACACCAAACCUGCCAAUGAUGUCUGGGCUGAGGAUGUGGAUCUGCGGGUCAACUUUGCCUUGGAAGUCGGCAAACACCACAAGUUCUUCAAGACCGGUGACGUGGCCAUUGUUGUAACCGGAUGGCGCCCCGGUGCUGGCUACACCAACACCAUGAGAGUGGUUCUGGUGCCUUGACUUCCUUCACGGGACAACACUAAUCCUGUCUUGUAACCUGAGGUUUUCUCUUCCUAACCAGCAAAAAUGUCAAAAUAAAGGCCAAUCACUUAAAAAGACUUCAAGAUUUUACAUCCAUGCAAACUUGCCCGAAUUGUGUCUGCUCCUAUCUAUUAAAAAGACCUUCUAAAAUGUUAAU